AUGCCUACUAUUCCCAUGGGAGCCCCUGCCUUGCUGUGGCUAGCUCUGCUGCUUUUCUCUACAGAUGGCAUGUCACCAGUCAUCUGGAAAUCUAAGGUGUUCUUGAAUCCACCAUGGAGAGAAAUAUUUAGAGGAGACACUGUGAGUCUGACAUGUGGUACAAACAGUUCCUCUGAAGAUAAGUCCCCUGUGUGGAUCCACAAUCGAACCCGUUUGACAGUGUCAAAUUCAAGAUUGGACAUUGUGAAUGCAGACAUGCAGAACAGUGGGGAAUACCAAUGCCGAAUCAAAGGAUAUGCCGUUAGUGAACCUGUGUACCUAAAUGUCACCAGUGACUGGUUGCUCCUUCAGGCCUCUGCUGAGGUGAUGUUAGAGGGUGAGUCCCUCUUCCUCAGGUGCCACAGUUGGAGGAAUCUGAAUGUCUUCAAGGUGAUCUACUACAAGGAUAACACAUCUCUCAAGUACUGGUAUGAGAACCACAACAUCUCCAUCACCAAUGUCACAGAAGAAGACAGUGGCAUCUAUUACUGCGAGGGUAGAGUUCAGAAGCUCCCCCGCACCUCUAAUAAACUCAGGAUUACAGUAAAAAAAGAGUACACGUACACUCAAAGCAACUAUUUCUGGCUACAAUUUCUUAUCCCAUUGUUGGUGAUGAUUCUGUUUGCUGUGGACACAGCGUUGCUUGUCUCAACCCAGAAGCAGUUCACGUUACUCUUGAAGAUGAAGAGAACCAGGAAACGCAACAGAUUUACGGACCCACAGCCUAAACCAGAUCCCCCAGGGAACUGA